AUGAGCACGUCAUACAAGUUUCAAGGAUGGCUAGGUCUCGACCCCAGCUCCGUCAAGGGUAAUAUGAAAUGGCAGGGCUACGAGCCCAAGACGUGGGAGGAGACCGACGUCGAUAUCAAGAUCACGCAUUGUGGCAUCUGUGGCAGUGAUCUACACACUCUUCGCAGUGGCUGGGCUCCAACAAUUUACCCAUGCUGUGUUGGGCAUGAGGUCGUUGGCACAGCGGUCAAGGUCGGCAGCAAGGCUGAGAGGGGCAUUAAAGUUGGUGACCGUGUUGGCGUUGGCGCCCAAUCGUCCUCCUGCCUCAAGCCAGAUUGUGAGGAAUGCGCGAGCGGUAUGGAGAACCACUGCAUGAACAUGGUCGGCACCUACAAUGGAAAAUACGAUGACGGCAGCAAAUCGUACGGUGGAUACUCGGAUUACUGCAGGGCACCGUCACACUUCGUAUUGAAGAUCCCUGAUGCCAUUCCAUCUGAAGAAGCAGCGCCUAUGCUCUGCGGUGGUAUCACGGUCUUCUCACCCUUGAAGAAGAACGGAUGUGGGCCGGGCAAGAAGGUUGGCAUUGUUGGCGUUGGUGGACUAGGCCACUUCGGCAUUCUCUAUGCUAAGGCCCUCGGAGCUGAUAGCGUCACCGCCAUAAGCCGGUCGGCUGCGAAGAAGGAGGAUGCGAUGAAGAUUGGAGCCGAGAAGUACAUCGCAACAAACGAUGACAAAGACUGGGCCACCCACCACGCUCGCUCGCUAGAUCUCAUUGUCAGCACGGUCUCCUCGCCCAACAUGCCACUCGAACAAUAUCUGAUGCUUCUCCGCACCAAUGGCACGUUCAUUCAAGUCGGCGCGCCCGAAGAUAGAUUGCCAGCUUUUAAUGCCUUCUCGCUGAUUGCAAAGGGCUGCAAGAUCGGCGGGAGCGCGAUUGGUGCACCGCAUGAGAUAGAGGAGAUGUUGGAGUUGACGGCGAAGAAAGGCGUCAAGCCUUGGAUUCAGAAGAGGCCGAUGAAGGAUGCGAACGAGGCGGUGGUAGAUAUGGAUGCGGGAAAGGCGAGGUAUCGCUAUGUGUUGGUCAACGAGGCCCAUGCUUGA